AUGAUGGCUCCUCAUGCAUGGGCCGCAGGCCCCCGUAAGAGAUCGCGGGAGGACGAUUAUGCGGACGCCGCAAUGGGAGGGGUAUCAGGCUUCUCCGAGCACCGAACUAAACGCCAACAAAUAUUGCCUGUUCGGACAUCUCCCAACUCCAAGAGAUGGCUUUCUACACCGAGUUUUCAAGAGAAUCCGCAGCCCGUCGUCUCGGGCUACCAGUACUAUGGGGCGCCGGAUCCCUCAGACUACCAUGAGCCCGAGAUCACAGAGCAGCACGUAUGGGCCGCCGAGCCGGAGCUCCCAUCAAACUACAGCCCGGAAAGCAUGGAUAUGGAGAUGAUGGACUGCGAACCAGAACCAAGACAUCAAGAACAGCAGCACCACCAGCACCAGCAGUACCUCCAACCGGGUCAGUUUCAGCCAGACCACUUGGCACCUGAACCAAGCAUCAGCGAUCGCAUUCCGACACCGAUCCACUGUAACUUCGCUGAGCAAGUCCGGGGUAAGCACUGGGGCGGAGCGGCGGGUAACAUCACCAUGGACCAUAGGGGAUCAUAUGGGGUCCCUCCACCUACACAGCAGCACCACGAGCCGUCCGUCUCGCUACUAGGCCACGAGAGCGUCCCCCGCUCUCUCGACGGCGCCGCCGCUACCGCGCAGGUGAUGGAGGACUGGAGCAUGGUGCAGAACCGUCGGCUCCCCUCGCCCAUAAGCGAGGUAGGAGGGGACAUGGAAGACAGCGGCAUGGGAGAAAGUCCGCGGAUGAUCCUCGAAUCGUACCACCCUGGCCAUCAACAUCACCAUGAUCACGACCACCACCACCUCCAGCAACAUGAACACCCCCUCCCCCGCCAGCGCCUCAGCAGCCUCGACCAACUAACCCACAGCCACCCUCUCCUCUCCGCCAUGCCGUUGCGCAACUCUUCCCUCAACAGCCAAAUGGGACCCCGCGAGCCGACGCCUAUUCCCCAAGGAGAGUGCCAAAACCAUCAUGGUCAUGGUCAUGGUCAUGGUAGUAUGGAUGGUGUCGAGAUUGGAUAUGGAGGAUCCCCGCAGACAUCGCCGAAAACCACGUCACCCCCUAAUAAAAGGGGCCAUCAGCGCUCCAAACACACGGUCAGCUCGUGGACCAUGGCCAACCAGCCGGGCAUGAAGAGGUCGUUUAGCAUAGGAUAUCGGGAUGACUGCGAGAAGUGCCGGAUGAAGGUUCCGGGACAUUUUAACCAUAUUAUCGUGUCGUAG